CCUCAAUUCACGUUUAAGAGCUGGAUAUUUAGAUAAACGUGUAACAUUAUGUUAAUGAGACGUUUUGCCUUUAACUGUGAUAACCGGUUGUCAGACAGAUCAGCUGAUCGCCUCGACGACGCGCCGACCAAAACAGCUAACGCUAGCUAACCGUAGCUGGUAGUAAAAGUUAUGACAGGACGUGCCGUUUUAACAGCACAUGAUAAGGUCCUGGCUUUGGUAAGCAAUUGAGAGCAUCUGGCCAUCCACCAGACUGAAAGCUCUAACUGGAGACUAACUAUGCCUUAUCUCUGAGAAUGGGAGGAAGUGGAUCCAAAGCCAAAGGUGUCUGGCCUUUCUCAGGCAGCGGAGGUGGAGGUGAUUCAGGAAAUGAAGGAAACGAGCAAUCCCUGGCCCGUCUGAAAGGUUCCAGGAAUGCGACACCAUUUGUUUUUACCAGGAGGAGUUCUUUGUACUAUGACGAGGAUGGCGACCUAGCUCAUGAAUUCUAUGAAGAGACGGUGGUGACAAAAAAUGGCAGAAAAAAGUCCAAGUUGAAGAGGAUCCAAAAAAAUCUGAUUCCGCAGGGAAUCGUGAAGCUCGACCACCCCUGUAUUCAUGUAGAUUUCCCCAUUGUCCUCUGUGAGGUGUGAAAAGUUGCACAGGACUGAUCUACUAUGAUGAGCAGCUGCAGAUACUCAACUUGGAGCAAAGCGUUGUUCCAUUCCCGUGUGUCGCGGUUAAGAUUGGAACUGUGGUCUGGAAGGAAAAAGGAAAAUUUCAACAGUCAUCAUAAAUUGAUAUAUUGAAUGAAAUGUUAUACAUUUGGAUUCAACUCUGGUCAGUGAGUGCCCUGUUCACUAAUAUCCGUAUUUUGACAUCGAAGUAGUGUCGGUACAGGUUGUGUUUCCACUACCCAGCUGAUAUGUAAGCAGUCUUUGAGAAUACAUCAAGUUGAGUUGUAUUUCUCCUGUGAGGUUUGUUUGCAGGGAAACACUUUUUUUGAUGUGAAAAGGCUUUAAUGGUCCAUGCCUUCUGUGAGACGUAGAGUGUUAGACUCUGUAUAUGUCGUCGUACGUGUACACGUGUUAGUUCUGUUUUGAGAGGAUGUGUGAAAAAGGGAUGUGAGAUGUUAAUACAGGGUAGGAGUAAUGAAAGAUUUGUCAAAUUUAUUGUAUAUAAGAUCAUCUUCUGUAUCGUCAUGUCUGAGUCUGUCUCGGUUUCUGGAGCUCAGACCUGCACUAGUGAACAUAAUGUACUGUAAAUACCUUCAGAUUUCUUAGUUGGAAAUACUUGAAUAAAUGGUUUAUUGAGCUGAA